UUCAAUCUUCAUAAUAUUCUACACAGAUAUGAACUGUCUAAUAAUCAUCUUCUAUGUCAUCAUUCAUCAAGUCAAUACUAUCCCUCUUCUAACUUAAAUGACGUCUCUUCAAUGGAUCUUUGUAAUUCUCUUUAGAUUUCAAUUCAUCAUCUUUUUGACACACUUAUGUUUUCAUCUUUAAGGUUGAGGUCGCAGCCUUGUAGGUGGACCUUUUACUUUUGAAAGAUGUUCAAUUUCUUCCCAUUUCUGGGCUUUUGGGUUCAAAUCUGAAAACUCGAGUAGAUAAGAGUGUUUGUCCGUGGUGGAAUGGCCCGUGUCUAUUUGAAGCUCUUGAUGCGGUUGAAGUCCCACCUCGUGAUCCGAACGGUCCUUUCAGAAUGCCUAUAAUUGAUAAAUUUAAAGAUAUGGGAACAGUUGUUAUGGGUAAAGUUGAAUCUGGUACUGUACGUGAGGGUGACAGUCUGUUGGUGAUGCCCAAUAAGGCUCCUGUUAAGGUUCUUGCCAUAUUCAUUGAUGAAGAUAAAGUGCGAGAAGCGGGGCCUGGGGAGAACUUACGAGUCCGAGUAUCUGGGAUUGAGGAAGAUGAUAUCUUAUCAGGCUUUGUUUUAUGCAGUGUUGUAAGGCCAGUCCCUGCUGUUACUGAGUUUGUUGCGCACUUGUCAAACAAGGAGUUGCUGGAUAAUGCAAUUUUUACCGCUGGUUACAAGGCUGUGUUGCACAUUCACUCGGUUGUUGAGGAAUGUGAAAUCGUAGAUUUAAUAAAAGAAAUUGAUCCAAAAACAAAGGAACCUAAGAAAAGGAAACCACUCUUUGUUAAGAACGGUGCUUUUGUUGUAUGUCUCAUUCAGGUGAAUAAUAUGAUAUGCAUUGAGAAGUUCAAUGAUUUUUCCCAGCUCGGAAGAUUCACUCUUCGAACAGAGGGGAAAACUGUUGCUGUGGGCAAAGUCACUGAUCUUCCCACCGUAGGCAAAAAUGCAUAAAAAAAUCUUGUGCUCUCAUUCAUGUAUGACUUAUUACUUUUAACUGCAUCUGAAUAUUUUGCUGUUUGCCUAAUGGAGGGAAACAAUACGACUAAUUUUGUGAGUAAAAGACUCGUUUCAUUCUAUGUCAGUUGUGGUAGUAAAAGGGGUUACGUUGCAGACGUGACAAAGAUACAACGCAACCAUAAUCGCACACCAAUUUUGUGUACUGUGAUUAUCCUUGCUCUGAUUUGAGGAUAGAGGUAUUUGUGGAGCAUGCUGAACUCAAACUAUUUAAUUUUUGCCAUUCACAUUGGAGUGAUCUUAAAUUGUCAUGUGACUCAUGCCUAGUACAAGUUUGGAAGCUUGUUUUGUACACUUGGGAAUGAUGUAAUGCACUUCUUUUAAAUGUUGUUAUUCAAUAGGAAAUCAAAUGAAACAUUUUAG